UCAGGAAAGAUGAGGCCGUGCAGAAACACCUCUCCUGACUCUCUGGAUUAUCCAACUCACACUCACCACCCCACACGCACCCCCUCCACCUCACCCAAUGUCCCUAACCCAUUUAAGCAUUUUCCUUCCAUCCAAAAGGUCAGUGGAAAACUGCUGCAGACGUCUCUGACCAAGGAAGACGAGACAAUUUGUCUGCACCAGAGGAACGUAUCGUUCGAGGUGGACAUGUCCAGCGACAGUCCUUUCCUCAUCCUGCCCCUCACCUUCUACCACCUCAUCGAUGCCCCCUGCAAGCCUCGGCGGCCAAGUGUAACUUCUAUGCUGAGAUGAGGAGACGAUAGAGAGAAGAGAGGUUUAAGCCUUUUCCUUCCAUCCAAAUGGGAAAAAGGACGAGUGGUAAUUCACGUGGGGGCUGGACGGAUCCAGAGUUGGCGGACUUCGAGCUGCUGGUGAUCAUGAGCGCCACGAUUGAGCCGACCUCGGCCACCUGCCAGGUGCGCACCUCCUACCUGCCGGAUGAGAUCCUCUGGGGCUACGAGUUCCCCCCCGUGGUCUCCCUCUCCCCAUCGGGGAAGUACGUGGCGGACUUCGGUUUCUUCGACAAAGUGGCCAAGACCAAGACGGCGCCCGUCUUCAAACCGUGCAGCCCGCAGCGCGCGUACCAGAGCAACGGGGCCGGGCCCGUGCCAGAUGUGUCCGAUCCAGAGAAGAUCUGUCUGGAGCAGAACUACCGGGACAGAGGGGGGGAACGAGGCCGGGCGAGAGACACUCCCCUCAGUGUUCGCAUCAGCAACGUGUGAACGGUGACGGAGUGGAAGGAAACAUCACGUGGAAACAGCUCGGACACUUUUAGACUGAAUGGAACCUCUGGACGACGUCUGGGGAGAUAAAACAUGGAGGACGACUGUAACUCACAUGAAGGCCUAACACACUGCUGACUGCAGCUACUGCUUCUAUUUCAGUGUGGCGAGUGCACACACACC